GACAAGGCGGUUCUACCUCAGGAAGCACACGUGUGCAGUGGUGCUGGAGCAAGAUGUGGUUCUCCAGUCUAUCGACCGUGCCAUCGAGGCUGUGCACAACGCGGCCAUGAAGAAUGGGGGAAAGUACAACCUGGAGCAGAGGGAUGUCCUCCAAAAGCUGAUCCAUCACCGGAAGGAGACGGUGUCCCGCAAAGGCCACUCCCCCACCCCGCAGGGGAUGGCUAUGACCCAGUCCUCCAGCGACCACCACCUGGACGUGGCCCGGCAGCCCAACGGGGUGUGCCGGACAGGAUACGAGCGCCAUCACAGCCUUCCAAACACCGAGUUCGAGGAGGAGGAUGAGGGUCUCUAUCAGAUCCCACCACAGCCCCGGCGUGCUGCUCCUAUCACCCCCCCACCUCCAGAGAAACGCAAGAACACACAGAUUGCUGCUCCCGUUAAAAACGCUGUUGAAAUUAUCCCUGGGUCAGUUUCUAGUGCCUCCUCUAUAAGCACAACAUCCCUGGAUACGUUGUACACUGCUUCUUCAGCGUCAGAGACCGCUCUCCCAACGGCCACCUCCAGUCCUGCCAACACCCCACCCCCUGUCCCAAGCAGGAGCGUCCACACCACGAUAACACGCAAUUUGGACGCCGGCUCUGUGGCCCACUCCCGCUACGGGACUUCCCCAAAGGAUGGGGCCAGCAAAUCACCCCAGACCAAGCGGUCUGCCCCGGCACCGCCGGCUGAAGGGGGCACCCAGAGGUCCCACGCUUUGGAUGGGGAGAAGGCUUCUCAGGGGAAGAAAGCUGCCCCGGCAUCCCCAGCAAGCCUGGAUGCCUUCAGCUCCCUCUGCCUGGAGGAUAAGAAAGCGGCCGCGGUAGAGCCGGUGCCAGCAGAACCCAGUGCUCUGGCAGUGUCCGUGCCCAAGACGAUAGGUGCCGAACUGAUCGAGCUGGUGCGCAGGAACACCCACCUCAGCUACGAGCUGUCCCGCGUGGCCAUCGGCGUGGUCAUCGGCCACAUCCAGACCUCUGUCCCAGCCACCAGCAGCAUCAUGGAGCAGAUUCUCAUCUCCGUGGUGGAGAGUAAGAAUCUGAGUGCGGGGCUGCCCUCGGGACAGAUCUGCCACGACGAGCAGCGGCUGGAGGUGAUCUUCGCCGAUCUGGCCAGGCACAAGGACGAUGCUCAGCAGCGCAGCUGGGCACUCUACGAGGAUGAGAACGUCAUCUGCUGCUACCUGGAGGAGCUGCUUCGCAUCCUGACAGAUGCAGACCCAGAAGUUUGCAAGAAAAUGUGCAAGAAGAAUGAGUUUGAAUCCGUCCUGUCCCUUGUGGCAUAUUAUCAGAUGGAGCACAGGGUGCCAUUACGGUUGCUGCUGCUGAAGUGCUUUGGAGCCAUGUGCAACUUGGACGCUGCAGUCAUCUCAACGCUUGUGAACUCCGUGCUGCCAAUGGAGCUGGCCCGGGACAUGCAGACUCACACACAAGAUCAUCAGAAGAUGUGUUACUCUGCGCUGGUGCUGGCCAUGAUGUUCUCCAUGGGGGAGCCCCUGCCGUACCAUCACUAUGAACAUCUCAACUCUCAGUUUGUGCAGUUCCUGCUGGAUGUGAUUGAGGACGGGCUGCCCUCGGACACCACCGACCAGCUGCCUGACCUAUUUGUCAAUGUCCUUCUGGCCUUCAACCUCCACAUUCCAGUUCCAGAGCACAGUGUGAUCAUGACUACAAUAAGCAAGCACUCGAAUGUCAAGACUUUCACUGAAAAGCUGCUGCUGCUGCUGAACAGGGGAGAUGAUCCAGUUUGUAUCUUCAAGCAUCAGCCUCAGCCACCGCACUCAGUGCUGAAGUUUCUGCAGGACAUCUUUGCCAGCAAGGACACGGCCAGCAUCUUCUACCACACAGACAUGAUGGUGCUGAUAGACAUCCUGGUGCGGCAGAUCGCCGAUCUCUCCCCGGGAGACAAGCUGAGGAUGGAGUAUCUCUCUCUGAUGCACGCCAUCAUCCGCUCCACGCCCUAUCUGCAGCACCAGCACCGCCUCUCCGACCUGCAGGGCAUCUUGCAGCGCAUCCUGGGGGAGGAGGAGGAGGGACAGCAGUGCCAGAUGGACAAACUGAUCAUCCUGGAGAUUUAUAAGGAGUUCCCAGAAAUCUCUCCCGGUACCAGCUAA